UUGUUCAAAGCAGCACAAUGGGAAACCAACUUGGUCAAAGAUAAGAAUCUAGAUAGAUAACACACUUGGUUGAAUUUGGCUACACAAAAUCAUUAUUUAAUAAAACAUCGCUUUCGUGAUAUGAUGCAUUAGUAGUAUUUAUGGUUCCCUCUGAUUCUGAAAUUGUUUACAGAUCUAUCAGUGAGUGGUAAACACAUGGCGGAGGCUAAGAGUCUGAUGAGGGCUAUUUCAGCUGAGUCGGUGAACAAUUACAGCAACAAUCCUGCUUCAGUUCGUGCCAUUGACUUUGAGAUGGUGGUCACGGAGGAGAGUAACAAUAACAAGGCUCCUCCAAAGCUUCUGUUUGAUCUCAAUAAACCACCCCCUCCUGACUCUAGUAACGAUGACAAUGAGCCUGUGCUCAUUCCUGAUGAAGCUGAACCUGAAAUACGUGUGAGUGAGAUACCAAAAGGUGAAGUUGAGGAAGGUAGCUCCCUUUGGGCCAACAAGAGGAAGAAGAUAAAGAAGUGGUUGAGUGCCACUUCUAAGAUUUUUAAGAAGAAGAAGAAUGAAUAAAACAUGAGGCCAGCAGUGUCGUAUCAUGGAUUGCUUUAUUAAUAAGUUUUAUGUGUGCCUUUGUUUCGUUUUGAUUCGAUGUUGAGAAUAUGAUGCCUUUUAGUCAUUUGCACUUUAGUCUGAAUACUGUUUUAUUUCUCUGAAUGCAUGUUUGGAACCAUUUUGGUGAAUCUUUAACUUCUGCACCAAUCUUAGAAAUGGACGUGAAAAAUUAAAGAAUAAGUAUGUUCAGAAUGAAUUCCUAAACACGCGCUGAUAUGUGGAAGGGAGUGUCCAAGUGAUAUUUUGUCUCUGUUGCGGGUUAAGGGUAUAAAGGUUUAACCAAUUUACUUUUCAGUAUAAUUCCGUGCUUUCAAUAUGUUUUUAUUUUCUUGAAUUUCUUCUGCUAAUAUCCCCAUAUGCACCAUCCAAAAUAGUUCUGACUUUGAAGUACUUCUAUCUUUCACAAGUUUGUGAUUUAAUCUUCAAUUGACGUUUACAUGUGAAGGAAUCAAAGAAAAGAAAACAACUACAAGCCUAUUUAUGUACAAUUUAGAAGCGCUUGAAACUUCUUUAUCAGAAGUAAAGAGUAUUUUCACUAAAGAAGUUUUCAAAGUUCAAAAACGUUUCUAUGUUUGUAUCCAAACAGAUUCUAUACCAGAAAUUAAAUUAAAACAAAAUGGUUAUGUAGAAAUAAUAAGUAGACAUUAAAGGGCUGUGUAUGAGUAUUAGAAUAUGAAAUGUUGGGAGUUAAUGUGUAUCAAGAGACAUUAUUAUUGUAUGACAACAAAAUAUUUGAAGGCUUCUUGUUAUUAUAUCCACAUAGCAAUUUAGUGUGUUAACUAAAAUGUUAUGUUAUGAUUAAGAGUUAUUCUAAUAUAAUUAGAGUAUCAAUAUAUGCAGUUAAUGUGAGAAGAGCAAUCCAAUCUCCCCUGUUUCCUAUAGUCCCCUCCCUGUUUUUCUAGAUGUUAAAUCAUAAAUGGCUAAAUGACACCCACAUUAACAUAACUGAUAUAGGGGCCAAAUUGACACCAAGUAAUAGUAACUAAAACGAAGGUUAAAUGUAUUAAGUAAGGACCGAUUUGAAAGGGGGAAAUAUGGAUGACAAGGUAAAAAUGUAUUAAGCAAUUGAUCCUUCAUUAACUCUUGAGUAAUUAAUCCUUAAAACUAAGGAAAUUUUAAAUAACUUCUUACAAGAGCAAUUUGUCAAUUACAUAUUAUUGGAAAGUUUAAUUGUGUGUAUGACUUAAGUGAUAACAUUAACAUAUAUAGAGAUCAAAAUGUAAAUAGUUUAGAGAUUUAGAUGAAACAACUUGACAGAGAGACCUCUUUUUUCUUGGAAUUUCUUUGAUUUCAGGAACUAAUGUGAAAGUGUAUUAUAGGACAGGUUUAUUUCUCGUAGUUUCUACUGUGACGUAAGUCUGUAACCACCCAAAUUUCUUCCCCACAUUAGACUAUCAUUGACAUCGUUUCCUACUUUGAGAGGGAGAACAAUGCUUCUUGUCUAAAGUCAAAGUCAGAAGCGUUGGAUUCGGUCUUCAUUUGUAUGAGAAUGGUUUUCAAAUUGUAACUAUUCAGUCAGAAGUGCUUCCUAUUCUCAUGGUGUGGUCCUUUUUUUUUCACUAAUUAAUUUUUUUCUUCUAAUUUUUGUAUUUGGUCAGAAUUUAGUAGUUUCCUUUUUUUUCUUCAUAAAAAUAAUUUGUUCUUGGUAUGUGCAUUUGCAGGAUGACUUCUAUAAUUACCUUUGGUUACACUCGGUGAGGCUCUAAUGCUUGAGGAGGAACAACUUGAUAGCAAAUAUGAUGAGUAACAAAUAUGAUAACAUUGAUGAUGAAAAUGGGUGACAUGAAAACCUUAUAUUCAAGGGUUAUGUGGAAUUUGCACCUUCUACUUCAACCACUAAUAAGAGGCAUGACACAAGCUUUGCAAGCUAGAUCUUUCCAAUUGACUGUCUUCCAUUUCCACAUGCACCUUCUGGAUCAAGGAACACACAACACAACCACAUUUCAUGAACUUCAUCCCAACUCCGAGGUUGCCACCUCAUAACCAAAUGAAGCUUGAAAUCGAGUAAAUUUGCAGCAACAUCAACAGUUGAAAAAAAAUUGGCAUUUUUUUUUUUUACAUUAAUUGAUGUAGAUACACGUAGAAGGUGUUUAUAUUUUGAAUCAUUUUUGUUGUUCUGAACUUGCUGUACAUUUUGGAAAUGCAUCCUGGACACCAUUUUGGUGGAGAAAUAAAGAACUCUUUCAUUUCUUUCUUUAA